AUGGACUCAGACCUAUGGACUCAGACCUAUGGACUCAGACCUAUGGACUCAGACCUCUGGACUCAGACCUCUGGACUCAGACCUCUGGACUCAGACCUAUGGACUCAGACCUAUGGACUCAGACCUAUGGACUCAGACCUAUGGACUCAGACCUAUGGACUCAGACCUCUGGACUCAGACCUCUGGACUCAGACCUCUGGACUCAGACCUAUGGACUCAGACCUAUGGACUCAGACCUAUGGACUCAGACCUAUGGACUCAGACCUAUGGACUCAGACCUAUGGACUCAGACCUAUGGACUCAGACCUAUGGACUCAGACCUCUGGACUCAGACCUCUGGACUCAGACCUCUGGACUCAGACCUCUGGACUCAGACCUCUGGACUCAGACCUCUGGACUCAGACCUCUGGACUCAGACCUAUGGACUCAGGUCCAUAA